AUGGAGUCAAAGCCAACCCAACAAGCCGAGGCCACUCAUGAUAAUGGGGUGGCUGAGAAAGCCCAUGCCGCUGCCAUAGACAGCAGCCAUCUGGAGAAUGGCAUCGGAGGAGAUCUGAGUUCCCAGCAUAGGGAAUACCUGAUGACCCGGCAUGGAACAAUUGAUCUGAAUCCAUUGCCAUCGAUGGAUCCAGCAGACCCUCUGAACUGGCCUACUUGGAAGAAGCACUUAAAUCUCAUCCUUGUCGCGUUCCACGCGAUGAUGACCACCUUUACCGCUGCGGGCAUCAUUCCGGCCUUCGAGCUGUUCUCCAUCGACCUGGGAGUGUCUCUAACGAAAGCUUCUUACCUCACCAGUGUCCAGAUCCUGAUCUUGGGGUUUUCUCCCCUGUUCUGGAAGCCGAUUUCGAAUCGUUUUGGCCGCAGACCUAUUUGGCUCAUCUCCACGAUAGGCUCGUUGGUGUGCAACGUUGGCUGCGCAAAAUCCCAUAGUUAUGCUUCUCAAAUGAUAACUAGGAUUUUGGUAGCCUUCUUCAUCUCCCCUGCCAUUGCCAUCAGUAGUGCAGUGGUGACAGAGACAUUCUUUGCAAGUGAGAGAGGACAAAAGAUGGGGAUUUGGACAUUAAUGGUAACCCUCGGUCCUCCCAUGGGUCCAUUCAUAAUGGGAUUCGUAGCUUAUCACACACAUGGAUGGGAGUAUAUUUACUGGACCUUCGCCGUAACCAAUGGUGUCCAAUUCAUCCUCUACUUUUUCUUCUCCCCUGAAACUCUCUACGUGCGCAGCAGCCACGUCCCCCAAAAUGACCAUUCCUCGUUCCGACGUCAGUAUCUCAACUUUGGAAAGCUGGGCCCGAAUCCCCUAGGAUGGAGAGAUUUCUGGAUGCCCAUCAAACUGUUUGCUUAUCCUAAUAUCCUAUUACCAACAAUUGCAUAUAGCAUAGUCUUCGGCUUCACAUCCGUUCUUCUCACCGUUGAAAUUCCGCAAAUCUUCACCCCAAAAUUCGGCUUUAACGCCCAACAAAUCGGUCUGCAAUUCGCCGGCAUGAUCAUUGGUUCUGUUCUAGGUGAGCAGCUUGGAGGGCGCGGUUCUGACAUCUUCAUGCGACGGCGAUCGGCUAAGCUCGGUCAAUCGAAAACUGUGACACCCGAGCACAGACUUUGGGUUUCGUAUCCGGGAUAUGCGACUGGGAUUUGUGGACUGGUUGUAUUUUGUGUGCAAACCGAUAAGUUGAAAUCCUACAAUGUUACGCCGAUUGUGGGGAUUGCGAUUGCUGCGUUUGGGAAUCAGAUCAUCACGACGGUGCUAGUUACUUACGCCGUUGACUGCCAUCAUGAACAUGCGGCCAGCAUCGGAGUGUUCAUCAACCUUGUGAGGAGUACAUGGGGUUUUAUUGGUCCGUUCUGGUUCCCGGACAUGUUCACCAGCAUCGGUCUCAGUGGCAGCGGGGGGCUUAUGGUUGGCAUCAUGGUUGUCUUCUCUAUCCUGCCCACGAUGUUCAUCCAAUGGAAAGGAGCGCCAAUUCGGACGAGAAGGGCAGAUAAAGAGCUUGAUCAGGUAAAUACCACCGCUCAGUGA